AUGACGAUUACCCUAUCAACAACGGUUUAUGUGAGCUCGAUUCUUGCUUAUUUCAAGAUUGGGGAUUGUGAUGCUCAUCUGUUGUCUGAUGAACAUUCUAGUAGAAGUCAUGAAUUCUUCUAUUUCGAUUGCAUGACUCCUCACAAAAGAAUUGGCAACACUUCAUGGGAAGUCAAGCAAAUCAAUGGUGUGGCAAUGAAAAAGGAUGAAGGGGAGGGGGGACUUGCCCUUCGACCUGGGUCUUUGGCACAAUGGUUCUCCUAUGUCAUUUGCUGUGAUGAAGAUGGUUGCCUUUUUGAUUACAACUCACUUUUGUUAAGGUACACUAUUGGGACACACAUCUUCCCAGAUGUCUUGCUUAAUGAUAUUGCUGGUCCAGAUGGAAACCCUUUGCUUUUGAGCUUGAAGCUUUCAGUGGAUGUCUUGGUGGUCUCUUGCCCAUGUGCACUAGGCCUUGCCACACCAACAGCAAUUCUAGUGGGCACCUCUCUGGGAGCAAAACAGGGACUUCUUAUCAGAGGAGGAGAUGUAUUGGAACGAUUGUCAGCAAUAGAUUGUGUCACUUUAGACAAGACUGGAACUCUCACGGAAGGAAAACCUGCUGUUUCUGCUGUGGCAUCUUUGGUUCAUCAAGAAUCAGAAAUCUUGCGGAUUGCUGCUGCAGUGGAGAAAACGGCAUCACAUCCAAUUGCAAAGGCUGUUAUAAACAAAGCAGAAUCAUUGAAUUUGAAUAUCCCAAUCACUCAAGGACAAUUAGUUGAACCAGGUUUUGGAACCUUAGCAGAAGUAGAUGGGCUUUUGGUUGCAGUUGGCAAGUUGGAAUGGGUUCAUGAACGUUUCCAGCAAAGAACAAACCUGCCUGAUCUAAUGACCCUAGAGAAAACUGUGAUGUGUCAAUCAUCAGAAGGUAGUUCAUCGGCAAACCAUUCAAAAACAGUUGUUUAUGUAGGUCGGGAAGGAGAAGGGAUCAUUGGUGCUAUUGCCAUAUCUGAUAAUUUACGUCAGGACGCCAAAUCGACCAUAAAUAGGCUUCACCAGAGGGGAAUUAAAGCAGUCCUCCUAUCAGGAGACAGGGAAGAGGCAGUUGCAACUGUAGCAAAGACAGUUGGAAUACGAAGUGAACUGAUCAAUGCAUCCUUGACUCCACAGCAGAAAUCUGGCAUCAUCUCAACUUUUCGAGCUUCUGGCCAUCAUGUUGCAAUGGUUGGUGAUGGCAUUAAUGAUGCACCCUCUUUGGCUCUUGCUGAUGUCGGGAUUGCUUUGCAAGUUGAAGGACAGGAAAAUGCCGCAUCUAAUGCUGCAUCCAUCAUUCUUCUUGGAAAUAGGCUUUCGCAGGUGGUAGAUGCACUGGAUCUUGCACAAGCAACGAUGGCAAAAGUUCAUCAAAAUUUGUCAUGGGCAAUAGCAUAUAAUGUCGUUGCAAUACCCAUUGCAGCUGGAGUACUGCUUCCCCAUUUUGAUGUUGCCAUGACACCUUCGGUUUCAGGUCGGUAA